CAACCGACAACAAGUUUGGAGUUAAUUUUUUGAAUUUAGAAGCAUAGGAAAAAAUAUAUUUUAUAGGUUAACGCGGGCUAUCACUUAUCACUGCGGCAUUUUAACUUUUUAAAAUAAAUACAAUACGGCACCUAGUGCCUACCAUUUUCAGGACACACUCUUAUCAUCACAACUCGUAUGCUUUAUCUAAAUUAUUGUAAAGGAUAAUAUUAGGUAUACCUCAGGCUUCACGGUUGUAAAUCUUUAUUAGAGUAGACAUUUAAUACGAAUUACGAUGAAUGUUUUAUGAUUGAGGUUAGGUAUCCUUUUUACUUAGAAUAUGAAAAACUAUUGUAAUUUUAUGCAACAAAAAAAAAUUUUCUUCCAAUUACUAAGAUAACACUAAUUUCUUCCGGCUAGUUCAAAUUAGUUAAGCUAUGCAUUUAUAGUUAAAUAAUAUCUUGUGUUUAAAAGUAAAGCAAUAUGUUUGGCGGGAGCAAUCCAAACAAGGACCUAGAGGUAGUUUCACCACCAGAGGAUACUGUCUCUGCAUUAAAGUUCUCACCACCUGCCAUACCACAAACUUUUCUCGCAGCAGGCAGCUGGGAUUCCCAGGUGCGGAUAUGGGAGGUGGAGCAGUCAGGAAAGACAGUUCCUAAAGCAGCUCAAACAUUAGGUGGUCCUGUACUAGAUGUUGCCUGGCUUGAUGAUGGUUCUAAAAUAUUCAUGGCUUCAACAGACAAGAGUGUCAAGUGCUGGGACCUGGCCGCCAAUACUGCUGUGCAGGUGGCGGCUCACGACGCGCCAGUCAAGACAUGCCACUGGGUAAAGGCGCCCAACUACACCUGCCUCAUGACAGCCUCCUGGGAUAAGACACUCAAGUUCUGGGACUCGCGCACCUCGGUGCCCAUAAUGGCGAUCAAUCUGACGGAGCGCUGCUACUGCGCGGACGUGGAGUACCCGCUCGCCGUCGUUGGGCUGGCCGACCGAGCAAUCUGCCUGUACUCACUAGAGGGCAAACCCUCUGAGGUGAAGCGCGUGGAUUCACCGCUCAAGUACCAGCACCGCUGCGUGGCUGUGUUCCGCGAUAAGAAGACCAAGCAGCCGGCUGGCUUCGCUCUGGGCAGCGUCGAAGGUCGCGUGGCCAUCCAGUACGUGAACCCAGCCAACCCUAAGGACAACUUCACCUUUAAGUGCCACCGUUCCGCAGGCUCGACGGGCAAUUUCCAGGACAUCUAUGCAGUAAACGACAUAGCUUUCCACCCAGUUCAUAGCACACUGGCCACAGUGGGCUCCGAUGGUUCUUACUCCUUCUGGGACAAAGAUGCCCGAACCAAGCUUAAGUCUUCAGAGACCAUCGACCAGGCCCUCACCAAAUGCGCCUUCAAUCACACUGGUCAAAUUUUUGCAUAUGCAGUUGGAUAUGACUGGUCAAAGGGACAUGAGCACUAUAACUCUGCCAAGAAGCCCUACAUCUAUCUGAGGCCGUGCUUUGACGAUCUGAAACCUCGUUCCACAUGAAUGGUGUGAACAAUGUGAGCAAUCUACAACAAAGGUACAGACUGCUAGUGAUACUACUUAUGUUUAAGUGAAAUAAAUAUUUUUACUAG